UCAGAAUUAAGAUGGCAGGGUCCAGCCAGUGCACAGAAAGGCUGUUGUUAUACACAGAUCUACAGAGUAUAGAACCAGUUACUGAUGAUAAAAGAAUAUUAAAGCAUAUAAUGAUUGAUAUUCUCAAUCUGAGGAAUGGAAUGGAAGAUAACCUACUCCUAAUCCAACAAAUCAACCUGAUGAUACAGAAUGAAGGAGAGGAGCUGAAGGGGUUUAAUGAUAUAAUCCAUGCUGCCCAGCAACAUAUUAAAUCCGUCAACUCUGUUUAUACACUGGGAUUAUCUUGGCUUAAAGAUGAGACUGCUUUUGCACUUAGUAUUAUUGAAGGCCCUAAUAGCUGUUCUACCGUACAGAAAAUGGAAGAUUGUGAUGACGACACUUCCAACAGAAUGGAUGAUUGUGAUGAUAUAAAAAUAGAAAUGGAAGAGAAUACUGUUCCUGUAGAUCCUGCAGAGAUACUCAAACUUGACACCAAGAAGGAACAGGGAAUGUUUGAGGAAAAAUCAGAUAAAAAGAGGGAAAACAGAAGAAAUAGAGGCGAAAAAGAUUUUGUAAAAACUACAAAUUCCGUAUUUUCAUGCUCCUUAUGUGAUUAUAGAACACGAGUUAAAUUCUCGUUGAAGCAGCAUGUUUUAGUAAAACAUCAGGGCUUUCGAUAUCCAUGUGAUCUUUGUGAUAAAUCAUUUGGCGAAGAACAUAACCUAAAAAGACACAAGAAAAAUGUCCAUGAGGGGGUAAAAUAUCCAUGUGACGAAUGUCAACAUUCUGCUUCAAGUCAAAGUCAGCUAAAGCUACAUAUAGACAGUUGUCACCGAGGUAUUAAAUACUCGUGUGAUGAAUGUGAAUUUGUUACAGUUUCAAAACAUACAAUGAAGAAGCAUAGAGUUUUGCAGCACAAUGAAACUGAUCUAAUUGAAGGAGGAAGUAUUUAUCCCUGUGAUUCAUGUGAAUAUGUCACGGGUUGCAAAUCUAAUUUAAAGAUACACAUAGAAGCUAGACACAUUACGCCUGAACUUAUUAUGUGUGAUCAAUGCGAUCAUAUGGCCUCCACUAAAGGUAACUUAAAAGUGCAUAUUGAAAGCAAACAUAACACCACCAUUGAAUACCUGUGUGAUUUAUGUGAUUACAAAACGUUUAAUAAAAAUAGUUUUAAUGCCCACAAACAUAGACAUGAAAACUUGUAUUUAUGUGAUCAAUGCCCUUACAUUGGAAAACUGAAAGCAGAAUUGAAAAAGCACAAAAAAGUGAAACAUGAAGGAGUGAGAUAUCCCUGUGAUCUAUGUAGCCAUAUGGCACAGAAUAGGGUUCAUCUGAAGACUCAUAAAGAAGCAGUUCAUAUAGGAAUCAAGUAUCCUUGUGAUCUUUGUGAAUUCUCAGCUUCAAAUAAAGCUAAUUUGAAAGAGCACAAGGCAUGCAAACAUGACAAUACUAAAUACCCUUGUGAUCAGUGUGGUCAUGUUUCGUCAACGCAAGCAGCAUUGAAGAAGCACAUAAGGAGUAAGCAUUUGUAACAAAUGUUUAUUUUUUCUUGUAUCAAAAUAAGUUACAUUUUUAUGUUUUUGGGGGAUGAAAUAAUUGUAGAAAAUAUUAAUAUUAAUUUAAAAACUGCCAAAAUGCAUGAAUCUUCAUAUUGUGAUUGGCGAUUACGAUUUAGAACACAUGAAAAUGACGUGUUAUUCAAUUUACCGAGAGUUAACACCGCAUUUAUAGUAAACAAAAUCUGUGUUAAAAUAUCUUGAAUGUAUGUAGAAAAAAAGUAGAACAGUAGUAGAAUAUGGAAGGGCUUAGAUUAAAUUCAUUGCUAAAGAAAGCUAUGAAAACAUUGUUAAACCACUUCUCUAUUUUCCGGGUCAUGUUGUAAAGACGUUGUAAAGUCUAGUAUGCGAAAUUGUACUGCUUGUCGCUAUUCAUUAAAUUCUGUCUUACCACCAGCCACGUGCCCAAUUUUUACCAUUUUAGACAAAAUUUUAUUUGUUGUGGUUUCAAUAGCUCUGAAAUAUACGCGACGCAAGUAACACACCUGUGUAUCUGCUCCGGUCUGAGUGGUCCUCCUAGUCCCGUCCAGGCAAGGGUCGCCUGGCUACGUCUAGGGAAGGAACAGAGAAGGAGGAAAGGAGUAGAUGAACCGCCUGGUCUGUCUUGGACUGCAGGAGAACGAGAACGCUCAGGAUCGGUAUCCAGGAGAUCGAGAGAGAAAGAUGGAUCCACAAUCCGGAAUCCAGGAAUCAAUUCAAUAAUAACACAGGAAGGCCUUUAGGAUCUUCUUGGCAUUUAUCUGGAAUACAAACACCACUAUAGAUAUGACACAAGAAAGGACAAGAGACAUGGACAAUACAAAGAUCACAAUUUAAAGACAUAUAGUGGUGCCAUCCUGGAGGGUUGGAGGAGAUGAGACAGCAGCCGUGAGUAGAACCUAGAUAAGGUUCUAUGAGUGGGGUGGCGC